UUGCAGGUCGUCAAACAAAUCUCUCCAAUACAUGUCUCUCGUUUUUUCCCCUCUACCUUCGUAACCAACCGAGAUCACAGCAGAGGCAUAUUGACGUUUUCGCUCCAUGCAAUUCUGUUCUGAUUUUUUCCUGUCUUUACUCGCCUACACUGUGUUUUCAGAUAUUAUAUUCUCCAAUCUCAGUUGCAAUUUUAUCAGGAAUUAUUUUAUUUUAUUUUUUGUCCACAAGAACUUUUCUUAAUCUGUUGCUGUAAAAAGGGGUUUUUUUUAUUAAAAAAGAAAGGAAAAUGGCUUGAUUGGUACUAGGAUUGUAUAAUAAGCUUGUCAACACUAAAGGUAUAUCAGAGGAAACAAAAAGGCAAAGAACUUGGCAGUGCAAUGGAGAAAAGGGAGCCUGCUAUACAGAAUGUUGGUGCUCCAGUAACUCCAGAAAAGCCCCCGCCUCUGUCAGCAAGGCCACGACCGGUCUAUGUUAAAAGGUUCUCGGAACGUGGUUCACAAAGUUUUCUGGGAAGAAUCGCAGCAGAAGAGGCUCGAGACCCCAUUUGUGCAAUUAUUACUGCCGCGGCUUCCACAAGCAAGAAUGAACAUCCCAACAAUUGCAAGUAUUUGGAAACUGGUGCUGUUUUUCAGAUAGAUUUGAAAGAAAGCAUCUAUGACUGGAACGGUAAUUCUACCGCUUCUGUUCAUGGUACUCAAAUCUUCGGAGACUCAGGAGGUCUGUCCGAAGAGGGUUUUCAAUCUGAAAACCAUAAUCUUUUGUCUAUUCCAGACCUGGAGGAGAGUGAUAGAUACAGAGAAAAAUGUUGUGUGCUUCCUUAUGGUAAAGAACAAGAUACAGAACAUGGUACAAUCUCUCGUAUGAAUUAUGAGAUGCUUGAUCAUAUUGGGUGCUCAAAUCCAGUUGAGCAAGUUGCGAUUUCGACUCCAUUGCCAAAGAAAAGUGGCAGCAAAAGACCAAGAAAUGGCAUGGAUCAGAACAAAAGGCCAGUGAAGAAACCCAAGAGGAAGAAACAUAGAACGAAAGUAGCUGUUGAAGGUAAACCAAAACGAACUCCUAAAAAGAUGUCAAAGCUUGCAACUCCGAAAUGUAUGCAAGAGACAAAGGAGAAGAGGAAGUGUGUUGAGAAAGCUCCUCCUCCUCUCAGAAAUAGCCAAGAGAGUUCAGUGAGAGAGCAUCAUAAAGAAGUUGCUGAAAUUCCAAAGAUGGAAAAUCUGCCAGUUGAUGACAACAAGAUGGCUAUGGUUAGCAAUGUCAACCAUGAUUUGAAAGAUGACAAUAAAGAUUCGACUAUGCAGCCUGGCAUGGAUAACGAUAGUGGAUCAAUGGUUUUGUUGAGUGAUGAUAAAUUGGGGUUCAAGUCAAAUGAGAAUGAACUAAGAUGGAACGUUCGUGAAAUGAGGUCUGCAGGAAAAUUUUGGCCGAAACCUGGGUGUCAAUAUAAUUCAUUACAGGCUUAUAGAAGGGUAUUUAGAGUAGACUCCUGUGUCGGCAAUAGCAGAGAGGUUGGGCCUAAUGUUCCUAAAAGAUGCAUGAAAAAAAUGAUCAAGAGGGGGCGUAAAUUGAACCUGUUCAGCUCUUUGUGGUCGUCUCACUUUAGUUGCCAUGAAAGAAAGAAGAGAUCUAAGGUGUUUACUCCAAGAGUCGAUCCCACUUCUCUCAAUGCAAGAUUCGCAGAGAAAGGGAAGGAUUUAGAAACAGCUCCUCGGGAUCAUAUACCCAUUCCUGGAGAACAAGAGUUUCAAAUAACCGACAAACUAAAUGGAGAAAACCGCGAAACUCUAGCAGAGGGAUGCGUUGAGGAAGGGCUUUCUCUUAAACAAGCUCUAACCAAUGAAGUUAAUGGAGUUCAAAUAGUCUGUGAGGCUAAAGCACCAAGCUACUCUGAGAUGAGACCCUCUGCUGCAAAAUCAAAGUUUGAAGAUGGCAAAAGCAAACAACAGUCGCGGAAAAAGAAGAUCCGAAUCACCGACAAAUCAAUAAAACCUGGACCGAAACUUUUCGAUGACGAAAGUGGGAUUCUUCUUAAGACAGUUAAGCAUGCUGUAAUGGAUAAACUUGGUGAUCUACUACGGAAUUCAAGCAUCAAUGACAAUAAGAGUGAAAAAAGGGGUCCUGGCAGACCAAAAAGUAAACCGGAACAUGUAGUUGACGGACAGAAUGCUUUAAUUCCCUAUUGGGGUCGUGGAAGAGCAAGACAUGAAGUUGAUCUAGAUCCAGAGUCAUUGAGAAGGUGGAACCAACUAAUGAAAAUAGAUAGUGGAGAGGGUGAAGAAGAGGAUGGAAAAAGGAAAGAAUGGUGGCAAAGAGAAAAAAUAACUUUCAAUGGACGAAUAGAUGCGUUUACUUCUCGGUCGCAUCAGUUUCUAGGUGAUAGGAGAUUCAGACAGUGGAAAGGUUCUGUUGUGGACUCAGUGGUAGGAGUUUUCCUAACCCAAAAUGUGUCAGACCACCUAUCAAGUGCUGCAUACAUGUCACUUGUUGAAAAUUUUCCAGUUCAGUCAACGAGUAAUCAACAAGCGUCAAUGACCAUAGAUGGCCAAAAACCAAUUGAGAGCAGCAUGACAUCCAUUGGAGCAACUUAUGAUGCAGAUGGAAACCGAUAUUUUGUCACAGAAGUACCUGAACCAGAUAUGAAUCAUGGGUCCAAAAAUUUACCAGCCGAAAAGGCUACAUGCUUGCUUCAAGAAGAGGUACAAAGACGGAAUGGUAUUGUGAGAUCAGAACCUGAACCGGAUAUGAAUCAAGGACACAAAGAUUUGCCGGCCGAAAAGGAUACGUGCUUGCUUCAAGAAGACGAGCAAGGACAGAAUAGUGUUGUGAGAUCAGAAUCUGAACCAGAUAUGAAUCAUGGACCCAAAGAUUUACCCGCCGAAAGGGCUAUAUGCUUGCUCCAGGAAGAGGUGCAUAGACAGAAUGGUAUUGUGAGAUCAGAACCUGAACCAGAUAUGAAUCUUGUGUCUCAAUAUUUACUAGUUGAAAAUCCUAUGUGCUUGCCUCGUGAAGUGGUGCGAAGACAGCCUCAAAAUUUACCAACCGAACAGCCUAUAUGUUUGCCUCAUGAAGUGGUGAAAAGACAGAGCGGGAAUGAAACUGAAAAGAAAAACAGAAGCCCGAAUAGGAAAACAGCUUUUAAGGAGACUAAAAAGACAAUUCCGAGAGGGAAGAAUAAAAUUGUUAAAGAUGUGGUACUUAGAAGGAGGAACUGGGAGAGUUUAGGAAAGAUCUAUUCUAGACCAAGAAGCAAGGAUCAGAUGGAUUCGGUGGAUUGGGAGGCAGUAAGACAAGCAGAAACCAGCAAAGUUGCCAGCAUCAUCGAAGGACGUGGUCAGCAAACUAUUAUUGCGGGAAGAAUCAAGCAAUUUCUGGAUCGAGUUGUUGACAUGCAUAAAAGCAUAGAUCUCGAAUGGUUACGAUAUGCUCCACCUGAUGAUGUGAAGGAUUACCUGUUGGAGUUCAUGGGAUUGGGCUUGAAAAGCGUGGAAUGUGUACGACUUUUGUCUCUUCAACAGGUUGCCUUUCCGGUUGAUGUAAAUGUUGCUCGGAUAGCGGUUCGUUUAGGAUGGGUUCCCCUGAAAGCACUCCCUGGAAGCCUUCAGUUCCACCUUAUAGAAGAGUUUCCGAUAUUGGACACCAUUCAGAAAUACCUCUGGCCCCGACUAUGCGAGCUUGACCAUAGAACACUCUAUGAACUGCACUAUCACAUGAUAACCUUUGGAAAGGUAUUCUGCACAAAGGAAAACCCAAGGUGCCAUGCUUGUCCAAUGAAAGCAGAAUGCAGACAUUAUGCAAGUGCACAAUCAAGUGCUGCCAAUCUUUCCCUACCAGGACCGUCAAAGAAAAGUGUGGACCAAUCAAUUGUUACCAGCAAGCCUAGUAGAAAUUCUAGUUCACUUGGAAACAAUUGUGAUGUCAAAAAUCCAAUGUCAGUUACCCUUUUAGAUGCCAACAGAACUACAGAAUCUCGUCGAGAUGUUCACACUUGCAAACCCAUAGUUGAAGAGCCAAAAUCACCACAACAAGAAGAGGACAUUGAAGAUUUUUCAUGGGAUGGAUGUAUUGAAGAUGAAGAGAUCCCCACUAUCAAACUCAAUCGUGAAGAGUUCAACCCAGAUGGGAAAAAGUCUCCAUACAGCAAUUCUAUGUCGCAAGCUUUAGUUUCUGUGGGGACUACUCCAUUGUCAGCACCUAAAAUGAAGCGUGUGACCUCUUUGCGGACUGAACAUCAAGUGUAUGAACUUCCAGAUAAUCAUGAGAUUUUGGUUGGGCUAGACAAACGAGAAAGGGAUGAUUCAGUACCUUACCUUCUCGCUAUAUGGCAACCAGGUGAAACUCCGAAUUCAAGCCAGCAACCAGAGAAAUUAUGCAGCUCGCAGGGAUCACAACUCUGUGAUCAGAAAACAUGUUUUGCUUGUGAAGGUAUUCGAGAACAACAAGCUGGUAUAGUUCGUGGAACAAUUUUGAUACCAUGCAGGACAGCUCUGAAGGGAAGCUUUCCACUCAAUGGCACAUAUUUUCAAGUUAAUGAGGUAUUUGCUGAUCACAAAUCUAGUUAUGACCCCAUUAUUGUUCCCAGAGAAUUGCUAUGGAACCUCGUAAAGAGGACUUUAUAUGUUGGGUCAUCAACAAAAUCAAUAUUUAGAGAUUUGUCAUUAAAGGAGAUUCACCAAAACUUUUGGACAGGUUUUACUUGUGUGAAAGCAUUCGAGCGAGGAACAGGUGCUCCAAAACCUCUUGCAAGGAGAUUCCACUGUUCAGCAAGCAAGAUGGAGAAGGAAGGAAGGAAAAAAUCAGGUGCUGUAAGAGAUGAUGCUAAAGCCAUCACGCUAAAGAAUGCCUUAUAGUUUGAACCAAUAUUUGCAUUCGUUCUCUUAUUCUAAUUGUUGAACAUGAUCCGUUUUUCAAAAAUAUUAGUUUGUCACACCAAGAGCAUGCAUGUCUAAAAAAUAAAAAUAAACCAGAAAACAUAAUUGUAAGCAUGCAAAGACUAAAAACAUAUAAAGA